UUGGAGUGCGACUUUACGCGUCGAUACUUCUCAUUGUGGCAAGACGGUUAUCAGUUGGACGUACUGGGCAACUGCCGGCGACGGUUUGAAAAAUACGUUACUACGAUACAACCCUCUGGGCUUACUACAGAUGCCUAUAGUAUAACGCAUACCAAAACAAUUGCCAAAAUUAUGUUUCUCAGUUUUUUUCCUUGGUGAUACACAUUUUCAAAGGUGUUUUAACAAUCCGGAAAUGGAAGAUUCUCUUAGCAAGGAGGUGAGUUGCUCCAACGUUUCAAAAAUUGGUGAUUUGUGCAUGGUAGAUGUCACCGACUUGUCUGGCUUAGAGGAAUCGUACAAAUGGGAAAAUCGAGAAAUCAGCCAGGGGCUCGAUGUUGGACGUUUUGGUACAACUUUAACAGACAUUUUGGACGAUUUCAAACCCAAAAAUUUAUUUAUCAUGGAGGAAGGACAACGAAUGAUAGCUCAUAGUUAUCCAAAACAGGAUGCAAUAUUUGAAGAAACCAAACACGAACAAAAUUCUUAUAAUGAAUUAGGAAAAGUACAGAAAAGUCAUGAAGGAGAGACAAUAAAUCUUGUUGUUUCUGAUUCAAAAACUUCAAUUGCUGACUCAAGUGGAAACGAUCUGAACACGUCUACUGACUCAAGUGCUCACGAUCAAAAUAGGCCGAAUAAAACAGAAGAUUCACCAGAAGAAGCUGAAAAAUGUACAGGCCUAAAUGAACGAAUAAACGACAGUGAUAUUGAUAAUGUUUCACCUUCAUUUUUAAGCAAUUCAUCAAAUUCUUUACACUCUCAAACAAAGGAAGGUUUUGUGACAAUAAUUCUUAAUGAAAAAUCUCAUUCAGUGCCAAUUGAAAAUGUCGAUACACUGAGUGAAUUAAACUCAACAGAUUCCAAUGAAAAAGUGAUAAUUCAAAAUCAUUCAACCUGUGCUGAACAUUUGUGCGACAUAAAUGAUAAUUUGAAACUGACAAGUGGUGAAGUUUUAUCCGUUAAAUGUUAUGAUGUAGACCAAUCAACAUUGCCAGCUAAUUCUGAAAAUUACUUAAACUACAAGUCAAUGUCAGAAGAGACAGGCGAUGAAAAUUCAAAGGUAUCGGAAGUUGCUGGCUUGAAAUUAAAUUCUUUUGAUAUCGGAUCAAAGGAAACUGUACAAAGUCUAGAGCAAGUGGAUGAGGGCAUUCAAUCCAUUACUUAUGAGGACUUUAGAGAUGGUUCUUUAGAAUCUCUCGGUGAAGAAGACAGCAGCCUGGAAAUCAUUGAAUCAAAACAUGAACAGAAAAGACACACCAUUGCUAUUCAAGAAAAUGAAUAUACUGAUACUGAAUUGGAAGUUUCUGAAUCAGAUGCAGAUGGGCGAAUUGAAUUCGGUAAUGAUUCUGAUAUUAAUUCUGGUAAAACUUCCAAAGCCCAGUCGAUUUCUCAAGAAAAAAGUUUUCUAAAUGAAUUAAAAUCUGAAGGUUCAUUAGAAAGCUUCAUGUCGUAUUCUGAUAAGGGAAACUCCAUCAGUGAUGACUGCAUGGCUGACCUUACAAAUUUGAGUUCCAUCUCUAGUUUUAGAUCAGAUGAGCCCACAAUCAACGAAGGACAUCAAAGAGUGGACGGUUCACCAAACGACAGUGGUGCUGUUUUUCACAAUUCAUCACUUCAAGACUCUAUGCUAUCGAACGUCAUAGAUUUUCAAACAGUCUUACAAAUUAAGAAACUACUUUUGGCUCUCAGUUCUGAGCUGGAAAAGGAAAAAUUACAUUACGAGCACCAUGUUAAACUGCUUACUGCACAAAUUACCACUCUUGAGGCUAAACUUGAUAAACAUGAUAAAUCCACUGUGGACUGUGUGUGCUCAUUUAAUAAUAAGAUGAACAGAGAAAUGGCCAAAAACGACAACACCUUAGUGAAUAUAGCAAACAAUGUGAUUUCUUAUGAAGAGAGGCUAAAAAAUACGAGCAACGAAGUUGAGAAGUGCAAACAAGAAUUAAGAAGUGCACUUAAUAAAAGCUUAAAUACUAUUAACAACACAAAAGAAGAUUAUGUGAGAGUGUCCGCCAAAUUGGCGGAAAAUGACAAAACUCCUAAUUUUGUAAAUGAUUUGGAUAGAAUAAUAUUUUUAGCUGACGAACUAAUGAAAAGCGAUAGUUUCAAGGAAAUUAAUAUGUUAGAAAAGAUUAAUCAAACAAAUUGCAACCAUAACGGUGAAAAUAUCAAACGGUUGGAUGUUUUGAAGAGAUUCUCUAAGAAUUAUUUUGAUUUAUUAAAGUCAAAUAAUGAAUUGACAGUAUUAAACAGAAAAUUAGAGGAAUCGUCAGAAAGAGACAAAAAGUUACUUGAUGAGAAGAAUGAAACAAUUAAAGCUUUUUCCGAUAAAUAUGACACCCUCAAUGGUGAGUACAAACAAGUUCAAAACGUUUUGAAAGAAAAAGUGAACGAGCACAAUCAACAUCUCAAGAUACAUUCUGACCUUGAGAGAUCCUUCAAGUUGACAAAGGAAGAACUAGACCAGUUGAAAUAUCAUAACUGUCUCAAUGAACUUGAACUGAAUAAAUUAAGAGAUAUAGAGAUAAUCAACAAUAAACUGAAGGACGAUAAUGAACUUUUGAAAGCAGAGAUUGAAAGCCUACAUCACAAUUACAUAAAUAAAUAUGAUAUUAUGAAGAAAAUCUCUUUACUUGAAGAGGAAAAUGCUAGGUUAAAAGAUGAAAAUUCAGAGUUAUCAGAACAGUUUAAACGUGAAACUGAUAAAUAUGAUGAGUUGAACGAAAGAUGCAAAAAGUGGCAGUUGCUGUAUGAUUCUCUAAAUGACAAGCUGAAGAAGUCUGAGACAACUUUCAAUAAGAUAAGUUCAAACAAUGAAAUGUUGAAGAAGGAAGUUGUUCAAAAAGAAUUAUUCGAAGAUCACUUUAUCAGCGGGUUCAGACAAUUGUUUGCAUUAGAUGAACAACUUGUCGAUUUCAAUCCUGACAAUUUUUCAAAAGAUUUGAUUAACGAGGGCUUUCAAAGGCUGAGACAGCGACUUAUCAAAUUACAGGAAUUGGGCAAAAGCGCACAUUACGAGAAGAAUAGGGCGAACAACAUGGAGGUUGAAUGCAGCAUACUCAACAGUAUCAUCGAGAGGAAAGAGUUUGAAAUUAAUUCCUUAUCUGAAAAACUUAAGCAAGAGGUUAACAGUCAUAAAACAACCAUCAAAAGUUUGAUGAACUGCAAUCAAUUAUUGACAAAUGAAAACUCAGGGCUUAAGAGUCAAAUUAAAAAUUUGGAGAAUUUGCCCAAAGCCCUUAAUAACAUAUCUGAAAGCGAAUGUAAUGAACUAAAAGAGUACAUCAAACAGUUGAAAAUUGAUCUGGUUGAUAGCAACGCAAAGAUCAGUUCUCUAGAGUUGCAUAUAGAAAGUUGCUGUUCUUAUAAUAGAAAAAGGGUCCAAGAUUAUAAACAAGAGUUGUUCGCCAUAAAAAACCAACUGAAAUAUGAAAGAAGGAAGUCUGAAAUUUUCAGAAGAGAGUCCUUUCCAAUCGCCAUGACAACGUCCCAUUCAAGAAAAUCCGACGCUUUCUGUCAAACUGAAAUAGCUCCAGUAGCUCAUCAAAAUACGGGUAUAAUUGAGAGGUACAAGGUGAGAGAGUUGGAAGAUAAAAUUGUAAAGCUUGAAAAAGAUAAAACUAUAUUGACAAAACUGUGUCACAAAAGAGCUGAUGCUAUAAAAAUGUUGCAAUCCCAUUGCAAAAAUUGAUUUCAUCUUUACGCCUGCACAAAAUGUUUAUAAGAUGCCAUUUAAAAAAAAAAAGAAAAAAAAAAAGCCAAAGAUCCCUGUAUAUAAAUACUAAA